GUUAUACAAUAAAGUUUCCACCCUCUUUCGUUUCUCAGCUCGUUCAUUGCAAUGCGAUUACGAUUCCUCCAUAGAGGAGUUGUAGUCCAAAACUAUGCCAUUUUUCCCAGCGCUGCGGCUUUUGGAUUCAAAUCCACUCCCUCGCUUUCUUCAAUCGAUAUUCCAAAUCCUGAAAACACAGUCGAAGGAUCUGAAAGCUCGGAAGGUCCCAGCGACUCCUUGUCUAUGAGAGUCGAGAGGCUUCCAUGGGGCGAGCCGAUCAUCUCCGCCUUCCAGAGUUGGAUGGGAGACGGAUUCGCCGUUCACCGAGGAGAAGUUUUCCACGCUAUCAACCGGCUUAGGAAGCUGCGCAUGAACAAGAGAGCGCUCCACUUGAUGGAAUGGAUUAUGAGGGAGAGGCCUUACAAGUUGAAAGAGCUGGAUUAUGCUUAUCUUUUGGAGUUCACUGCUAAGCUUCAUGGAAUUUCUGAAGCUGAGAGCCUGUUCCUUCGUAUCCCCGAUGAGUUUCAGAAUGAGUUGCUCUACAACAACCUGGUAAUGGCCUGCUUGGAUAAGGGCCUGAUAAGGCUUUCUCUUGGUUAUAUGCAAAAGAUGAGGCAAUUAUCUCUCCCCAUUUCUCCUUAUGCUUACAAUAGAUUGAUUAUUCUGCACUCCACAUCUAGUCGUAGAAAAAGAAUCCCUAAAUUUCUUAGACUGAUGAAAGCUGAUGGAAUUUCACCACAUACAUCUACUUACAAUAUUCUCUUGAAGAUAGAAGCUGAUGACCACAACAUUGAUAGGCUUUCAAAGGUUUUUAAUGAAAUGAUACAAGCCAAAGUUGAUCCAAAUGAGAUUACAUAUGGAAUCAUGGCAAUGGCUCAUGCAGUAGCAAGAUUGUAUACCGUCGCAGAGAUGUAUGUAGAAACCAUUGAGAAGAUAAGAACUGGUAAGAACUGGUCCACAUUGGAUAUCUUGCUCAUCUUGUAUGGUUAUCUGAAGAAAGAACAUGAGUUAGAGAGGACCUGGAAACUUGUAGGAGCCCUUCCACACGUAAGAUCCAAAAGCUUUUUACUUGUGAUUGAGGCCUUUGGAAAAAUGAAAUGUGUAAAAAGGGCAGAAGAGAUAUGGGAAGAGAUGAAGUCAAUGAAGCCAUUGAAACAGACUAGUCCAUACAAUGCAAUUAUCUCUGUAUACUGCAGGCAUGGACUUAUAGACAAAGCUUCAGAUUUAUAUGAAGAAAUGCAAGCAAAUGGAUGCAAACCAAAUGCGAUAACCUAUCGCCACCUUGCAUUAGGUUGCUUAAAAGCUGGCUUGGUUAAGGAGGCUUUGAAGACUCUAGAACUGGGGAAAGAUGAAGAAGUGAGCUCUCAGGUGAGAAGAUCCACGCCAUGGCUUGAGACAACCCUUAUGCUAGUUGAAGCUUUUGCUGAUAUUGGUGAUCUAACGAAUGCCAAGAAUUUCUUUAGAGUAUUUAAGGAGACAAAGUAUUGUAGAUAUACUUUUGUGUAUAAUAGCCUUCUAAAGGCUUAUGUGAAGGCUAAGGCUUAUGAUCCAGAAUUUUUGGGAAAUAUGAUACUAGCAGGAGCUAGGCCAGAUGCAGAGACUUAUAGCCUCUUGAGAAUUUUGGAGGAAUUUAAGGUUUGAUGCUUUUGCUGUAUUCC